AUGGAUGAAAAAACGUCUUUAAAAGGUGAUAAGUAUCAAGUAAUCGCAUUGUGUGCGCUAAAAUGUUUAGAAUACAAAACAGAAAUAAAUUCUGGGGAAAAAUUAUCGUCACUAUUCGAGGAACUUGAAAAAGUUAAACAUGGAAUUAUUGCACGCAAUCCUUCAUUUAGCUCGCACAUUGUUUUUAUCGAUACAGCAGUUCAUUUUCUUCGUAAUGAAGGCCGUUUUGAAAUCUCGAAAUCAUUUCACUCACUUCAGCCACUUUGUCACUUUUCAAAAAUGGAUUCGGGAAUUAAUAAAACAGUUUCAUUUAGCAAACAAUCAGUUCCAACAGCUGCCACAAUUCCGCAGCAAUUUUCUGAUAUUCAAGAAAAAGAAACUAUUAAUACAAUCGAAAAAAGUCGAAACGGAAGGGCAUGUCCAAAAAAAUUCCUGAAGCCAAGUUACGAUUUUGAACCAACAAGAUCGUUUGAAUCAAAAAUGCACGGGGAUGAUGAUUGCAACUGGCCAAUUCUAUUCGAUAAUAUGUAUGAGGAAUCCGGCACAACAAUUAAUCCUUCUUAUUCAGUCUUUCAGUGCUUAUUGGCUGCAUUGGUAUACUGUAGACUCACUGGUCAACGUUUUAUGAUCGAUAUAAAAUUUGAACCGGUUGAAUUUUCUGAUAAACCGCGAACCUGUUUAGUCAAUGAAAUGAGAAAUUUCAAUGAUGAAUAUGUUGAGCCAAUGCGACAGAAUAGAGAAUACAACGAUGUUAUUGAAGCAUAUAAAAAAAAAAUAGAAGCCCUUGACUGUGAAAAUUUCAAAAGUAUGGAAAGUCCGAAAAAUUCUGAAAUCGAAAGUGAAAAUAAAGAAGGUAGAGUUGACAUGUUUGACUCACGAGAGCUUAUCUUUGACAAGGAGGUGAUGGCUAAUAUUGCCUCUCAACUUAAUGCUAUCCAUGCUGAAUUUGCUGGUCGACCUCCUCCAGAAUCCGUUUCGAGCCAUUGUUGGCGCUCAAAAAUACCGAAAUGUCCCGAAAUUCUGAAAAAUUAUAAAAGUUCAGAAAAGGAUAGAGAAGAUACAGUUGAUACCACUGACUUACGAGAGCUUAUCUUUAACAAGGAGGUAAUGGCUAAGAUUGCCGCUCAGCUCAAUGCUAUCCAUGCCGAAUUUGCUGGUCAGUUUCCUCCUGAACCUUCCUGUUCGACGUGUCGUUGCUGCGUAGAGAAUAUAUCUGAACCGUCAGUUUUUAGCGAAUGGAGCGAAAAUAGAAGAAUAAUCGAAGGUAAGAAAUUCCAGGAGCGUAUGGCAAAUCCAUUAAGUUGGAGUAAGGUAAAGCCAUUUCCACUGCCCAAAACGUUAUCUUCUUUUCUAUUCUGGCAAGCGCGACAAUUAGAUAAAAUUGCGUUGUGCAAAUUUGUACCAAAACUGUCGGGGAAAUGUGAAAUAAAAAAAUUUGUUGAUCUUGUUCACAAAGAAGAUAUCAAGAAGUUUUCAAGAAGUUCGGAAUCAUUUUCUACUAUUUAUAUGACUAUUCCUCGUGGCACUGAUACAACUGGAAAUGUUUCUUCAAGUCAAGCGAGUACAAAGGACAUAAUUCCUAACCGACCAGUUAAUAAUCUACCAGAAUUACUUGACUGGAAAGAUAAACAAGAUGCACUGCUAAAAAUUAUUCAAAACCGCAUGCAAGAAAAAUCACUAACUCAGCAUGGGCUAUCAACGCACUAUCAUGCACCUGAUUUGGAUGAAAAUGUGAAAAGUCCAUGGGAUAUGCAAAAUUCGCUUGAUCAAGUGGAAAAACCACUAAGUGCGACUGAAAUCGUUCAACUUAUGAAAGCGGAUGUACCAUUCCUACUCGUUUCUCAAUCAUUCGCUUAUUUGACAACAUACAAUGCUUUAAUUGUGAGCUGGACAGUUAUAUCUUUAAAAUUAUUGGCUGAUGGUCUCGCUCGAGAGCAAUCAAAAGAUUUUUCAUCAUUUGCUGACCAAGAUUCAUUUGAUAUAUAUGAUGAGAGCGAAUGUGAGAUAUAUCGUGACAAAGAAUUAUGCAAACAGUAUAACGAAGAUCCGAGUGGAAGCACAUCGAAAAGCAUGGCAAACUGCAUGACGAGCAGACCAGUGAGCUAUGUGAGUUAA